CCCUCUCCCGUCUCUUCUCCCAUAGCCAUCUUCUCUCUGGCUGUUGAUGCUGCGGCGGUUGUUCCGUCAGUAAUCAUCAUCAUCAUCAUCAUAAUAAUAAUAACGGCAAUAAUAUCAUCAUUAAUUCUCUCCUGUCCCAGUAACCGGGCGUCCCUCCAGGCCCAGAACACCUGACUUGCCUUGUCCCGCCCGAGGCCGGGAACAAAGCUCCCCCCCUCCUCAACUUCUUCGCUUCAGGCAGCGACUGCCAGCAACUCUUCAGCCCGCUUGACUCUGGGGCAGUCAUCAUCUCCAGGAAACUCACACAACUCGUCCUGGCUACUCUCAUCUCUUCGUGAAUGAGAGUGGGCCGUCGAGGACAGUCGUCGUCAGCUUCCCUCUGCAACGACCUUCUAGUUAACGCUUCUAUCUAGCGCUGCACCUGCUCCACCGCUUCAAUAUCCAACCCUCCCUCCCCUAAGUGCUUCCGUCGAAGAGUGGUUAUCUCGUUCCAGACUCACCGACAUGUCGUCUAGUCACCAUGCUGAGUGUUCAUCCGCCAGGUCGUUGAGUGAAAGCUGGGCCAGUAUGAGUGUCUCUGACGCCCAUUCGGAAGAUGGUGCUCCCUCAGAGCAAACGGACAUCGGAUCCUUGAUCGAUCCAGCUGGUCCCGAUGAUGUGACUAGCCUCGACGGUAGAUUCAGUAACAGCGAGGUCGAUGGAAAUGAUGAUGGCAAUGGGGAUGAUUAUGAUAACGACAGCGAUUCAGAAAGCGGCAUCUCGGACUCUCAGCACAUUACUGGCCUCUUUCCUCGCGUGGAAGAUGCUAUAGAUGAUAGCAGUCUUACCACGAGGGCUGCCUUCCAUCGAUCGACUGAUUCCAUCGAAUUCACCGAACCGAAAAUCUGGCCAGAAGUCGAACGAGUGCAGCUGAAGCAUAUCAUCAGAACCCUUGAAGGCAUGGAGGCUGAUCAGCUGAAAUGGCGGUUUCCUUACAACCUCGACGACUCAGUCCUCGUAGCCACCGUCCAACAGACGAUGACCAAACAGAGCCUCGACACGGACAAGCCCUUUCGUGUACUGUACAUUGGAGCCGCAGAUUUCCGGAACAUUAUUCUUGACAAGAUCGGUGAUGCCCUGGUGUCAAGUUCAUAUGGCAGCUUUCAAAGCAGUUCCACCGAGUCUUCUAGGUAUCAUGUCGUUCCGACGGCCUUUGGGGCAGGUGCUACGCCUAAUUUUGCAGAACUUCUUCCGAUUCAUGUCCAGCUUAUUGUCGAUGAGUGCAUCGGGGCAACAACUGAGCCUCGAAUGGAUAAACCCAACGCCGUACGUUUGAGUUUCAAGAACCGGCCGCCGUGUAUCUCUUCCUGGACCGGGUCUGAAUACUCUAUCUCCUCCUCUUCCGAAUGGACGUUUCCGGAUGUGGCCAUCUUCUUCAUGUCCAGCAGACAUGAUGCUGGCUCCAUGAGGACCCAGAGCUUGGCCCAUGCGUUCAUGCAAAGACAUGGAAUUCCUACCAUGACUAUCUCUGAGGAGCCACUCUGGAGCGCGGCCGCUGACCCAACUCCACUGAAUCCCCAUAGCCUUCACCUGUCCCUGGAAUCUCAGCAUUCUGUGACUGGAGAUAUGAUGUUACUCAGACGUUAUCCUAUUGAUGUGAAGACGUUUGAGAGUAUCACUCCCAGCCAGCUGAACAGGAACCUGGCGUCGUUGGCUACCCUUUAUCCCAGAAAGACAUCCAAAGCCAUUGAGGAGAAUGAGAAAAUCCCUGAAAGAGGUCUCUUCUUCGAUACAGAGAAGUGCCCAGCUGGUAUAUUCCAACUUGCCAGCUCCACUCGUGCCCACGAGUUAACACCUGCCUUACGCCUUCUUACUCUCACUCUUGUUUCUGCUGUUGCCCUAUCCUUGGGAUACACGGGCCUCAAAGCCAUCCUUCUCCUAGCCUCUCAACUUAUCGCGCAAUUUGCUACAUCCAAUGCCGUAGCCCCCGCUUCGGUGAGUGUCCAUAGCACCGCCGUGGUCCCGGUGGAAGGGCUGAGACAGACUUCACUCUCCUUACGAUCGCCUUCGUUGCGUGCAGAUGGACUAUCAAGCAAUGACCCCAACCAUCACACCAAUGCGGAAGAGCUGACAGGAUUAUCGUUCUUGUCUUUGGAUCAACCAUCAAGUCAGCCAGACCAGUUUGAGAUACAGACUGUUGGCGAUUUUCAUGUUGUUAUCAAACCUCCACAUGGAUUCCCGUCCGGCAAGAAGCGGCCUAGGUUCGAGGUCAGCGUCAGCCGCCGCGGAAAGAUCCUUCCUUACGAGUUAUCUAAACUAUUUGAAGGGGUUUACUCCUUGAAACUAGAUAGGGAAGAUGCACAGGGACUGGUGAACAUCACAGUAUCAAGUCCCAAGCCGCCUCUGAACCAGGUCACGCAAGUGGACUUUGGAACACCCUGGUUGAAGAUUUCGAACUGGAAACGUGCCGCUCAAAUUCUCUCUUCACAACUCGUGAAAGACUUCGGUACGGCCCAGGCAGGCGUUUCAGAAACUUAUGGCCGACUUUGUACCGAUCUCCAGGAGUUGAUGGGGGAUGUUGUGAAGAAAUCACAUUUCAUACGGCAAGAAGCAGAGCUUUUGCGCCGUGAUUCCGCUCAGAUUACGCGGGAGACAAGGGACGCGAUCUUAUCUAGCUCAAAGCAGCUUUCCAAGGUCAUAAAGCAUACUGCUUUGCAGCAGUUCUCGACGGCUUCAUCCAUCCUACAGGGGCAUGUUGAUAGACUCAAUGAGGAGACUAAAGAGAUACUGAGUGACACUUGGAAAAAGAUAGGUGCGUCUGCACGAGCGGUUGAUCUGAAUGAGCUGAUGGAUGGUAUCCGAAAUUCCAAGAAGUCACGGAUCUUGGACAAGGCACAGGGCAGAGCCCGUCACCUAAUGAAGCGUGACAGUUCCCAUGAAUCCAGAUGUUGCUCGGGAAGCCGUCAUGGUCGAAGAUGAUUUUUUUCCCUGCUCUUUCUUAUUCCUUUUGCUUCUCUUUCGGACUGCUCUACGCAAUCUUUUCAUUUUGGGUUGGUUUAUGGAUAUGGAUGGUUAGGGCGACGGUGGGAUAACUACUAUGUAGGUACGGGUAUACGGGAUUAAGGGGAACUACUUUUUAAACACCAGGAUGCAAUAUCAUUGUUUAUUCGAGCAGUCGCUGGUUUCUUUUGAUCUUCUUCUAGUCUUGCUGCGUCUCUCUCUUUCUUUUUAUGGCCCUUUACUUUGGUUCUGCCAGCCAUUACACUCAUUCAUAUCAACACCAUAGCUAGAGGAUUGGUAAAAGCAUAAUGCUGAAAUGAUACUAAACCAGGCUGCUGUAGAUAGAAGGCAUCUGCUGUCUCAUUCACUGCUAUGAAGCGGGGAUGUCCAGCGCCACAGGAGAAAGGCGGUGGGACUAGCGUGGAGGGGGCAAGGGGAUUUUGCCAAACCUACCCACCUGCAAAACAUUCUUCUUCAACCACAGCAAACUGUC